AUCGACAUUAUCGAUAGUGACUCACUGUGCUCGCAUCUCUAAUACAUAUGUAAAUAAAAAGUUUAAGUGCUUCACAAGAAAAGAGUUCAGCAGGUGGCAAUGGAGAUGGAGGAGAAUCGACUUUAUGACGAUGCUAACGAUAAAAUUCGGCUGGGCAACGAAUUAAAAAAUGCGUUGGUCGAGUUCGAGGACAUAGCUGGUGUUUCAAAAGUGCAACGAAAAAUCCAACAGGAACUUAAGUUCUUGGAAAAGGUUAUACGUACAAAAACAUUGAAGGAGAAUCACAUAACCAGCAGUAACUUUGUGAACUAUGAGUUUCUCAUUAAAACAUUGCGAUUGCAACAGGGUGUCGUCGAUAUAAAUUCAGUGUUUCCUCUCGAAUCGCGUGACAAUCCUCUGCGUGUUGACAUUGUGGCCAACAAUGGCUUAAAAUGGAUCAAGGUAAUCGCACGCAACUCCAAGUCAAUUGAAGAUGCUGCCAAGGGCUGUGUUAGCUUUGGGGCACGCAGCGUACUCGAUCAGGCUGCCGACUAUUUGGAGGCCAGUGAACUACAUUUUUGCAUGUUUCAGCGCCCGAAGAUUGUAUUUUACUUCUCUAACAAAAUCGAAAGCUCUCUGCACGAUGAACUCAAGGAAAUGGGAGUGCAAACGGCUUCGCUAGAAGAACCCGAUCAGGAUGUCGAUCAAUAUGCUACCAUGUCAAAUGAACUGAACUUGGAUGUCACUACCAUGUUAGCGUAUUGUAGCGCUCUCUCAAAUGGUCGCUGCAAUUGGAUCUUCAAGGAGCCACUUUUGACUGAACAAGCGGAAAAGGAACGAGAGCUUCCGGUUAAGCCAAUACUUGAGAAAAUAUUCGAGGGCAAGCGUCUGGUCUGCUGUCAACUAGCUUACGACGCUUUUGAAAAUAUUCUAAAAGUAUUGGGCGGUCCCCAUGAACGAGAAUUGGCUGCUGAGUUUAUGAAACGCGUUUCAAUCUUUCCGAAUGUUGACACGAUACCUGUUGAGUUCUCCAACAUCAGAUUCACUGCGAAAGUAAAUGAAAGAAGUUUGAAAAUAUUCAGCUUUGGUAUGGAACGUAAAAUAUUUACAGUAACUUCUAAUAAGGCAUUUGUGAGAUCAGCCAAAAUGCAGGGUAUCAACGUCCCCGUUUUUGUGCAUGCAUCACGAGCACUGACUGAGAGCAAAGAAGCUACUGCUAAGCCGCUAUAAAAAACAACUUUUUUGGGGUAUUGUUAAUAUUUAUUAAAAGAAAUGUACACGU